AUGAGCCGCCAUUUCUUACAUUACUGCAGUGAGCCUACUCUGGAUGUGAAGAUUGCCUUUUGUCAGGGAUUUGGGAAACAAGUGGAUGUGUCAUAUAUUGCCAAAUACUACAACAUGAGUAAAAGCAAAGUUGACAACCAAUUCUACAGUGUGGAAGUAGGUGACUCGACCUUCACAGUUCUCAAACGCUACCAGAACUUAAAACCAAUCGGCUCUGGAGCUCAGGGAAUAGUUUGUGCUGCAUAUGAUGCUGUACUGGACAGAAAUGUGGCUAUCAAGAAGCUCAGCAGGCCAUUUCAAAAUCAAACACAUGCUAAACGGGCGUAUAGGGAGCUAGUUCUCAUGAAGUGUGUGAAUCACAAAAAUAUUAUCAGUUUAUUAAAUGUCUUUACACCACAGAAAUCUCUGGAGGAGUUCCAGGAUGUUUAUUUAGUAAUGGAGUUGAUGGAUGCCAAUUUGUGCCAGGUGAUUCAAAUGGAGUUAGAUCACGAGCGAAUGUCUUACCUGCUCUAUCAGAUGCUGUGUGGUAUCAAACACCUUCACUCUGCAGGAAUCAUUCACAGGGAUUUAAAACCAAGUAAUAUUGUGGUAAAAUCAGACUGUACGUUGAAGAUCCUGGAUUUUGGACUGGCAAGGACUGCAGGCACUAGCUUCAUGAUGACACCCUAUGUGGUCACACGCUAUUACAGAGCACCAGAAGUCAUCCUGGGAAUGGGCUACAAGGAGAAUGUGGAUAUAUGGUCAGUAGGAUGCAUUAUGGGAGAAAUGGUGCGCCAUAAAAUCCUCUUUCCAGGAAGGGACUAUAUUGACCAGUGGAAUAAGGUAAUUGAACAGCUUGGAACUCCCUGUCCAGAAUUCAUGAAAAAGCUCCAGCCCACGGUGAGGAACUACGUGGAAAACCGGCCUAAAUAUGCUGGCCUCACUUUCCCUAAACUUUUUCCAGACUCUCUUUUUCCAGCUGAUUCAGAACACAACAAACUCAAAGCUAGCCAAGCUAGGGACCUUUUAUCAAAGAUGCUAGUGAUUGAUCCAGCCAAACGGAUAUCAGUGGAUGAAGCCUUACAGCAUCCAUACAUCAAUGUCUGGUAUGACCCAGCAGAGGUGGAGGCGGGUCCCCAACGGCAGAGAUGGAAUGGUCAACCUGUAAGAACAGAACAUAAUAGGAUACCACCUCCACAGAUCUAUGACAAGCAGUUGGAUGAAAGAGAACACACAAUCGAAGAGUGGAAAGAAUUAAUCUACAAGGAAGUAAUGAAUUCCGAAGAAAAGACUAAAAAUGGUGUAGUAAAAGGACAACCUUCUCCCUCAGGUGCAGCAGUGAACAGCAGCGACAGCCUCCCUCCCUCCUCAUCUGUCAAUGACAUUUCCUCCAUGUCCACAGACCAGACCCUGGCAUCGGACACCGACAGCAGUUUGGAAGCUUCUGCAGGGCCCCUCGGUUGUUGCAGGUGACUAGCCGCCUGCCUGCGAAACCCGACGUUCUUCAGAAGAUGAUGCAGUUUGUAGGGAGACAAAUCUAUGGUGAUUAGUGAAAGAAUUUGAGGAUGGUAAGGAAAAGAGAGAGAGAGAGAGAGAGAGAGAGAGAAAGAGAGAAAUCAAAAUACACAUACUGAUUAAGCAAACAAAAAAGUCCCUUUCAGCCUGCUUCUCCUAAAAAAAAAAAAAGAAUAGUGUAAAUGCAGCUAAGCUCAAGUGUAUAUUUAACUUAUAGUUGCUCUGCUUUGGUCUUCUUCCAAUGAUGCUUACUGCACAAAAUGAGAGAAAGAGAGAGAGAGAGAGAAGGGGGGAAAAAUUAAGAAAAA